GGCUCAGGUAAGCAGCUAGGUUCUGGCCUUGGUAGGCUCCUCUGUGCCACACUCUCCUGGGAACUUCGGCUUAGAAAGUCGCGGCCUGGCGUUGUGCUGACGCAAUCUCUCGGGCUGCGAGUUUGGUGCCGGCUUCCUGGAGAGGGUGCGAAAUAGGAAGGGGAGAGUCGUGAUCUUCGGAAGCGGGACCCGAACCCCUUUGCUCGCUGGAAGCAGAAAUAUAGGUGGAUCUUGGUGGGACUGAGACGCAGUGCGAGGGCAGGCCGGAGCGGGUCUGGGAGGAGACUGCGGGACCCACCGUGCCCAGUCGGAUCAGACGACCAGGACAGUGCUUUCACGGUUGCUGGUCAGAAGACUGCCCUAGGAGGUGUCCGGGUCUGUGACCCCAACAGAGGGCCGUUACAGAAGCUCUGCCAAGAAGGUCGAUAUCUGGACUGGUCUCCGCUGGGAAGUUUCUGUAUUUUCCUGCCUUCAGUGACAAAUGAGGUUUGAUUCAUCAGUGCUUUGAGACUGCUUCAUUCAUGGUGUUCUGUCUCACAUUUAGUGGUUCCUGCUGAGUCUUCUCAAAGCUCUGUUUUCAUCAAGCUGGCACCAAAGCUCUUUACAGCACACCUGUGCCUAGUAGCUAAUUGCAUAGUGUUUUGAGCGGAGAAUCUAGGACCAAACCAUGGAUACCCUCUCACUCUCAUGACUCUACCCUGGUCUCCUUUUCUCAACUGUGCUUCUGGUAUCACCUGUGUGUUUUCGAGGGCAAAAACACAAACAAGCAACUUACAGACAUCAUGAAUGAAUGUGUGGAUUUGGUGUCAUUUGAGGAUGUCACUGUGAACUUCACCUGGGAGGAGUGGCAGAAUCUCGAUGAAGCUCAGAGGGUGCUGUACAGGAAUGUGAUGUUGGAGACAUAUAGCAGCCUGGUGUCACUGGGACAAUGCAGCCCUAAACCUGAGUUAAUCUUCAGAUUGGAACAGGGAGCAGAGCCAUGGACAGCAGAUGAAUCUACAAACCAGAGUAUGUCAGGCUUCUACAAUGUGGAUGGCACAGUUGAGACCAACCAGAAAUGUGAAGACAGACAUUUAUGGCAAGUUACUGCCAAUAGCCACAAUAGAGCAACUGAGGAAACAGAUGGAUUAGAAAACACUUUUUAUUUUUGCUCCAUGAAAAUUUCAAAUUUUGUUGUAAAUAAUAGAGAAUGUUCAGGAGUGAAGCCUGAGGAGUUGAAUGGAUAUGAGAAUACAUGUCUUCCUUCUGAGUCUCAUGGCAUAUACACUUUAAAGCAAUACAGUGACUGUGGUGUAGCAGGGAAAUCCCUCAAGUGUCCUGAGCAAUUUGGUCAACAUUCCAAGAUUCAAACUGGGCAGCAGGAUUUUGAACACAGUGGAAAAGGAAAAGAUACAAAGGAGGCAAAAGUACUGAAAAGAAUUACUCCAUCUAACAGACUUCAAAUGGGACUGACUUUGUAUAAGCAUAAUGAAUAUGAGCAAGUCUCUGUUGAGUCGGAUGUCAUGGUUAAGGUAGGGAAGGCAACUUUUGGUAAAACAUGUAACCUCACUGAACACCAAGAAACAUACUCAGGGAGCAAACCUUGUGAAUGCCUUAAAAGAAAGAAAACCUUUACUAGCAAAUUAGACCUUUCAGUUCAUCAGAGGACACAUGACCAGAAGAAAGCUCAUGUAUGUAUUCUGUGUGAGAAACUCUUUAGCACUAAAUCCUCCCUUACUACUCAUCAGAGGAUUCACACAGGAGAAAAGCCCUAUGGAUGUAGUAAAUGUGAUAAAAGCUUCAGGCAAAAGUCAGCCCUUGUUGUACAUGAGAGAACUCACACUGGUGAGAAACCCUUUGAAUGUUGUGAGUGUGGUAAAGCCUUCCAGCAUAAGUGGUACCUCAAAAUGCACCAGAGAACUCACACAGGUGAGAAACCAUACGAAUGUCAAGACUGUGGAAGAGCGUUUCUAAAGAAGUCAUACCUCAAAUUGCAUCAGGGAACUCACAAGAGAGAUAAACCAUAUGAAUGCGAAGAAUGUGGAAAAACCUUCCAUAACAGAUCAUACUUCAACAUGCACCUUCGAACUCACACUGGUGAGAAACCCUAUGCAUGCAACGAGUGUGGAAAAGCCUUUUACCAAAAGUCAGACCUCAGGAGGCAUCAGAGAAUUCACAACAGCGAGAAAUCACACAAAUGUAAAGAAUGUGGAAAAGCCUUUCAAAAUAAAUCAUACCUCAAAACUCAUCAGAAAGUUCACACAGGUGAGAGACCAUAUGAAUGUAAACAGUGUGGCAAAGCCUUUCAGAACAAGUCAUAUCUCAACAAGCAUCAGAUAAUUCAUACAGGUGAGAAACCCUAUGAAUGUACUAAGUGUGGGAAAACAUUUCAGUGGAAGUUAGUCCUCAGUAAGCAUUAUAGAAUUCACACAGGUGAAAAGCCCUAUGAAUGCAGUCAGUGUGGGAAAAUGUUUGGCUACAAAUCAUCUCUCAUUGUACAUGAGUUGAUUCAUUCUGGGAAGAAACCCUAUGAAUGUAUUGUAUGCAGAAAAACGUUUUCACAGAAAUCAAACCUAAUUAGGCAUCAGAGAACUCAUAGACAUCGGGAUGUAUGAUGGGGAUGGGUACAGAAAGAUGUUUGCCUGACUUUUAAGCCUCAGAAGGUUUGCAGUACUCCAGGAAUUCCCUUGAGUGUGAGUGGGGUAGGUGUUCUUUCUGCAAAACAGCUUUCAGUUAACAUGAGAGGAUCUACACAGGGCUGACAAGAAUUAGGAAUGGAUGUGAGGGGGAGUCCCACCAGAACUUGCCCUUAACAUGUUAUGAGAAAACCCACACAAGAGGAAAUUUUAAUAAAUGUAAUACAUGUGGAAAAAUGUCCCACACUACAGAUCUAAAUUUGGAAUGCAUCUAAGUAUUUAGAUAGGAGGAAACGUGAAUGUAAAGAAUAUAGAAGUUUUAAACAUGUUUUUCUUCAGUAUAUUUGAGAUAACUCAUACUGGAGAGGAACUCAGUGAAAGCCCUGAGUGUGGUAAAUACUUUUUAUAACAUAAUUGAGAAAAGUCAAUGAAUAUAAUUAAAGUUGAAAACCAUUUUGGCAUCAUUCAUGCCUUAAUAUGCUUGAGAAAGUCCACACUGGCAAAAAUCUCUUCAAGAAAUGUAACCAUUGGAAAAUUAUCUGGAAGUCACUGCUUGUUAAAUAUGAAAUAGUCCUGUGAAGAAAAUCUCUGGGAAUAGGGUUAUUGUGGGAGCUUUCCAGUAAAAAUUCACCACAGCAUGCAUUAGAGAACCCCCUUGAGAGAGAAAAGCCUCUAAUAAUAUUGGAAGCCCGUGAAUUACAGCUAGGCAAGCAUCAGACAGUAUAAUCUAAGGGAAGUCUUAUGGCAUGGAAGAACAUCAAGACCAUCUAGAAAUUAAGCGUUGACAUACAUCACAAAAUGUGUACAGAGAAAUAAUGCUGAGUAGCAGAGUGGCCAUGUGUCCCGCAGAGACCAUUUUCUUAUCUCUGGACAUAGUCUGCAAGUCUCUGCCUCCACCGUAGCCGUUACAAGUUAAGUGAGCUCUGCUGGGACACUAUGAACUCACUGAUGGCAACCCAAAAAACAGCAGGCAGUUUUUUUUUUUUUCCCCGUUUGUGUCAAAAAAAAGCGAAGGUGACCCUAAGGACAUUCUUGCAAAUAAAGGUGGAAGAAAUUUAUUGGGAUUUAAGAAUUGUUUGAGAAACAGUGAUCUUUCCUCCUUUUUUUGUCCUUUAUGCCUGGCACAUUAGUGUGAAAUAAAUGUAAUGUUUAGUUUCCCCAAGUGUGAUCUGUUCUCAUUGUAUUACUAACAGGUCAUUCUUGACAAUUCAUUUUAUGAAUACAAGGAAUCUUUCUGCGGGAUGUGAAUAACUUUUUAUCAGCACAUUCAUACAGAAGAGAAGCCUGCCUUGUCAUUCUUCAUUUCUAGGUUAAUUCUAGAAGAAUCAAUUGUGGAAGAAAAUUACAAUGAAUCAUUUUUGGGAAUGCUUUAUAUCAUGCAGGUGUAUCUCACUGAAGAAUAAAUUAGAUAAUUGCCAAAUAUUUUAUAGUGUUUUCAUUUUUAUAAGAAAUUGUAAUGAAGAGAGACUUACCAAUGUAUAUAUUAUACAUAUGAAUAUGGGUCAUGUUAAACAUUAACUACCUUAACAGCAAAUUUUUGAGUAUUCAAGCAUAAAACAUGAGUGGUGAUACAGUCUUCGAGGAUACAUUUGACUAAGUCUGGAGACAUUCUUGUUUACUUAACUGGAUGUUGGGAGCUGUUGGUUGUCAGCUGCUGGGUAGAGGCCAGGGUUCUGAGACAUUGCUUAAGAAGCACUGAAUACCCACCUCAGGUUAGAACUUUAUGUUAGAGAUCUUUCUUAAUGAUCCGUUAACUGUGAUAUGAUAAUCCAUACAGCUAAUAUAAUAAAUAUCAUGACAAAUAGUG